AUGGAAGCGGCGUGGACCCCUGAGGGACUAGAUCGGCUUCUUCACGAUGAUAAAGGGCCCAGCCUCAUUGCAGCAACCUGGGCUCUAAUGGGGUUUGCCUCUCUCUUCCUUAGCUUACGGGUAUUUUGCAAGUUCUACAGCAAUCGCGGUCUCUUGUGGGACGAUUAUAUCUUGAUCGCUUCUUGGGUACGGUCCUCUUCGACCGCUUCCUCCAUUGACGGCGUCACGACGAAUCUGGUCUUUGCAUUUGGCUAUGGGAAGCACACCUGGGAUCUGCCGCCCUCAAAUCUUCGCGAUUUUGUCAUCCAAACCCUGGUCCGAUUUACGUUUAGUAUAAUCACGAUUGCCUGGACCAAAACCGCGUUUGCCAUCACCCUUCUCCGUGUCACCGAAGGCUAUAUCAAAAAGCUCUUGUGGAUCAUCAUUGCCACCGUGAAUAUUGCAUUGGGCCUCAGUGCCCUCUUUGGGUGGACUCAAUGCCGGCCCCUCUCCAAGCAGUGGGACCUCGAUGUGCCGGGUAAGUGCUGGGACCAUAAAACAGUGGUGUACUACAGCAUGUUCGCCGGUGCCUACUCCGGAACUAUGGACUUCGUUCUCGCUACACUUCCCUGGAAGAUCCUCAUUGGUCUCCGUAUGAGGCGACGGGAAAAAUUUGGUAUUGCUAUUGCUAUGAGCAUGGGUAUAUUUGCCGGAAUCACGACAAUAAUCAAAACAGCCAAGCUUCCCCGGAUGCUUACCGAUGAUCUAUGUAUUUCCUUCCCAACAACUCGACUCUUGACCCCGUUGACCAAGUUCGCGUUUCUAACCGCACUCUACCUGCCUAACACAGAUGGCACUGUCGACCCCAUCAUUUGGGACGCCGCCGAGGGAUCCAUUACUAUCGUCGCCGCGUGUAUACCGACCCUCCGAGUCCUCAUUCGCACGGCUAGUGGGAACUCAACUCCAGACAUCUAUUCCGUCAAAUUGCCCACAAUCGGAAGUGUGACCGGACGGGGUUGGAGCAUAAGCCAUGCUGCUAAGAACCAGAGCCCUCAACCCCCCUCAUGGUCUUACACUCAGGGACGGCGCCGGUCAAUCUAG